AAGUUCUCUGUUUCUCUGCUUCCACAUACACGUAAACAUGGACCAGAUAGAAGCAGAACUAGAAGAAGAAGAAGUGUACAAUAUAGUCCCAGUUAGCAAACUCUCCUGCGAACACCGCUGCCAUCGAUCGCCGGAUCUCUAUACCCUGGUGUCCACCUUGCGAACCUCCACUGCCGGUCUCCGGAAACCACCUUCAGUUCAUUGGCCAGAUCACUACGACCUUCUUGACUGGCUCUCUUGCUUCUUUGGCUUCCAGGAGGACAACGUUCGGAAUCAGCGUGAGCACCUUGUCCUCCACCUGGCCAAUCACUACUUGCGCGGUGCCGAAACACUGCGAGACAACGUCAUUUCGCUCGACCCUAGAGCCCUCCGCUGUUUCCGUGAGAAGCUGCUCCGGAACUACGAGAAUUGGUGCUGUUUCUUGGGGAAGAAGUCCGAGGUAAGGCUGAUUGAUGGUCGUGGUAACUCUGGAACAAUUUGCCAUGAACUUUUGUAUGUCUCUCUCUACCUCCUCAUCUGGGGCGAGUGUGCUAAUUUGCGGUUUCUGCCCGAAUGCAUUUGUUAUAUAUUCCACAACAUGGCAAGGGAAUUGAAUAUGGUCUUGGAAGAUCAUGUCGAUCCAAACACUGGGCGCCGAAUUUUGCCUGCAGGGGAAAAUGCGUUCUUGAAUGGUGUUGUGAAGCCCCUUUAUGAGGUUGUUUGCGCGGAGGUUGAAAUAGGCUGUAAUGGGAUUGCCCCACAUAAUGAAUGGAGGAAUUAUGAUGACAUAAACGAGUACUUCUGGAGCAGAAGGUGCUUUGAGGAGCUGAAGUGGCCUUUGGAUGAGAGUAGUAGAUUUUUCAAGAAUGCAGGCAAGACUGGUUUUGUUGAACGAAGGUCGUUUUGGAACUUGUUCAGGAGCUUCUAUAGGCUGUGGCUGAUGUUAGUUUUAUUCCUUCAAGCGGCAAUUGUCAUUGCUUGGGAGGAGGAGUACAAGUUUCCUUGGCAGGCCUUGCCAAAUAAGGAGGUGCAAGUUCGGGUUUUGAGUGCAUUUGUGACUUGGAGUGGUUUGGACCUUCUGGAGUCGCUGCUUCAUUCCGUCAUGCAAUGGGGUUUGGUCUCUAGAGAGUCGUGGUGGAUCGGCAUGCACAUGGUGCUCACAAAUGUCGUAGCAGCGACGUGGACCGCCGUUUUGGGAUGGUUUUAUGUAAGGAUUUGGUUACAGAGGAACGGGGAUGGGGAGUGGUCUGCUGAGGCUAACAACCGGCUUGUGCUUUUUCUCAAAUUGGCUUUUGUAUUUGUCCUUCUUAAGCUCUCAGCAUUUGCUCUGUCCUAUUUUCCCUCCUUUGGCAACUUCCUUGUUCGAAAGAAUUGGAAGAUGUGCGAGGUGCUGAUGAGCCGGACUUUUGUGGGACAUAACUUGGGGGAAGGUAUGAGGGAUUAUGCAAAGUACGCCAUGUUUUGGGUAUUGGCUCUUGUGACAAAAUUCCUUUUCAGCUACUUUCUACAGAUCCAACCGAUGAUUAAUCCUACAAAAGAGUUAUUGCAUCUUAGGAAUGUAAAUUAUAAAUGGCAUCAGUUUUUUGACAACAGCAAUGGCCUUGCCAUUGGGUUGUUGUGGUUUCCCAUGGUCUUGAUUUAUAUGAUGGAUUUGCAGAUCUGGUAUUCGAUUUGGACAUUCCUGGUUGGAGUGGCGGUUGGGCUGUUCUUGAGGUUGGGUGAAAUCAGAAACAAUCAGCACUUGAGGUUUUGGUUUGACCAUAUUAUUUGUGAAGUUGCAAAUAAAUUUAAUCUCAUACGACAGGAGCAGCUGCUAUAUGAGGGGGAGUCAAUGAGAAGCAACAAAUUCAGUUUCAUCAAGUUGUUAAAUCCAAGCAACUGGGUUUCUCCGCAAUUUAAGAAACUCGAAUGUAACCAGCUUUUGGUGCGUAAGUUCGCCGUGAUGUGGAAUGAGAUUAUUAGGACUUUCAGGGAGGAGGAUAUCAUCUCGGAUCGAGAAGUUGAGAUGCUGGAGCUGCCAUAUAUUUCUUGGACAUCCCGAGUUAUAAGCUGGCCCUAUUUUCUGCUCUCCAACGAGCUGCUCUCUGCGUUGAGUGAGGUGUGUCGACUCGUGGAUGCUCCUGACGCUUGGCUCUGGUACAAGAUAUGCAAGAACAAGUAUAGGCGUUGUGCUGUCAUCGAAGCUUAUGACAGUGUCAAGCAUUUAUUACUUGAGAUAUUAAGAAAUGACGUUGAGGAGCAUUCUAUUGUUACUGCUUUGUUUGAUGAAAUUGAUCAUUCGCUGCAAAUCAGAAAAUUCAGUGAAAUGUUUGACAUGACUGUGCUACCAAAGAUUCAUGCGACUUUAAUCCAACUUGUUGAACGGUUGAACAAAUCUGUUGAAGAUCCUGAUCAAGUGGUGAGUACUUUUUUUGAUCGGGAGGAUCGAAAGAGACAAGUGGUGAGUACUUUACAGGCCCUUUAUAACGUUGUUAUUCUCGACUUUUUCAAGCAAAGGAGAAGCUAUGAACAGUUGAAGGAGGAUGGUUUGGCUCCAAGUAAUUCUCGUUCUCAUGAGGGGUUGCUAUUUGAGAAUGCUGUUGAGUUGCCGAAUUCUACAGAUGGAAUUUUCAGUCGGCAAAUUCGACGCCUGCAGAUGAUAUUAAUGCCUGUGGGUUCGUUGCAAAAUAUUCCCGCAAGUGAAGAGGCUCGAAGGCGAAUUGCCUUCUUCUGCAAUUCUCUAUUCAUGGAUCUUCCACGAGCUCUUCCAGUUGAGAGAAUUAAAGCUUUCAGUGUUCUAACCCCUUACUAUGAUGAAGAAGUGCUAUAUAGACUGGAACAACUGCAAAAAAAGAACGAAGAUGGGAUAUCCAUUUUAUUUUACCUGCAGACGAUUUAUGGCAACGACUGGUACAAUUUCAUGGAGAGGAUGCGCCGGAAAGGAAUGGAGUCUCUUGAUGAGAAUUGGACAACCAAGUUGCUUGAUCUCCAGCUUUGGGCAUCAUACAGAGGUCAGACGCUUGCUCGUACAGUCAGGGGAAUGAUGAAUUAUUUCAAGGCCCUGAAGUUGCUAGCUUUCCUUGAAUACCAUCACGAUAUGGAUUUCUCCCAAGGGCUACAGGAGCCGGGUUCCCCAAUGCUAGAUGACAAUGCGGAUUGUUUCAGGACGAAAAAUUUGCUUUCUGAAGGUUGUGCCUGUGAGCGUGGUAUUGCUCUCAUGAAAUAUGUCUAUGUUGUUGCCUGUCAGGAGUAUGGAUCUCAGAAGGCAAAUAGAGAUCCCCGAGCAGGAGAUAUGUUGUUUUUAAUGAAAAACAAUGAAGCCCUACGCGUAGCAUAUGUUGACGAGGUGAGUAAAAGCAGGGGUGCAAAAGAGUAUUUUUCCGUUCUGGUGAAGUAUGACAGGCAGUCACAGAAAGAAGUCGAAAUAUACAGAAUUAAGUUGCCCGGUCCCUUCAAGCUAGGAGAAGGUAAACCGGAAAAUCAAAAUCAGGGCAUUAUCUUCACACGUGGCGAUGCAGUUCAGACGAUCGAUAUGAACCAAGACAACUAUAUAGAGGAGGCACUUAAGAUGCCGAAUUUGUUGGAGGAAUUUGAGAGGCUCUAUGGUACCCGGAAUCCCACCAUUCUAGGUCUGAGGGAACAUAUAUUUACUGCUUCAGUUUCAUCGCUUGCCUGGUUUAUGUCUGCUCAGGAAACAAGUUUUGUUACCUCCGGACAGCGUGUUCUGGCCAAUCCUUUGAAGGUUCGAAUGCACUAUGGCCAUCCAGAUGUUUUCGACAGGAUUUGGUUCUUGACGCGAGGUGGGAUCAGCAAGGCUUCCAGAAAGAUCAACAUCUGCGAGGAUAUUUUCGCGGGAUUUAAUUGCACCUUGCGUGGAGGCAACGUGACACACCAUGAGUACAUCCAGAUUGGCAAAGGGAGGGAUGUUGGGUUGAAUCAAAUAUCGAUGUUCGAAGCCAAAAUUGCGAGUGGAAGUGGGGAACAAGCUCUCAGCAGAGAUAUAUAUAGGCUGGGUAGUAAGCUGGACUUCUUCCGGAUGCUUUCACUCUUUCAUUCCACUGUUGGGUUCUACUUCAAUAACAUAAUGGUGAUAUGGACUAUAUAUGCAAUGUUGUGGGGGCGGUUGUAUAUGGCUCUGAGUGGCCUUGAAGGUCCUGCUAUGGCAGACAAAGCAAACAACAAGAACUUCUUUCGUCCGGUUGCAAAUAUACAGUUUAUACAACUUAUCCUGUUCACGGGCCUUCCAGCGGUUGUGGACGAUUCGGUUGAGCACGGAAUCCUCUCGGCUUUGUGGGAUUUUUUGUUAAUGCAGCUUGAGCUUUCAUCUCUCUUUUACACGUUCUCUAUGGGAACUCGUAGCCACUUCUUUGGCAGGACAGUUCUUCAUGGUGGUGCAAAGUACCGGGGGACUGGCCGAGGCUUUGUUGUGCAGCACAGGAGUUUCGUUGAGAAUUACAGACUCUAUGCCCGUAGCCAUUUUGUCAAGGCCCUUGAGAUUGCACUGGUUCUCACGGUAUACACGAUCUAUAGCCCUUUACCUAAUGGCACGUUCUUAUUCAUAGACACGAGCAUUACGGGCUGGUUUCUGGUCGCAUCAUGGAUCCUCUCCCCUUUCAUAUUUAACCCUUACGGUCUUGAUUGGUUGAAGACAGUUAACGACUUCGAUGAAUUCAUGAGCUGGAUAAGGUACCGAGGAGGCCCGUUUGUGAAAUCCACGCAGAGCUGGGAAACAUGGUGGUACGAGGAGCAGGACCAUUUGCAGACGACAGGUGUCUGGGGGAAGUUUUUAGAGAUAAUCCUGACAUUGCGCUUCUUCUUUUUCCAAUAUGCGAUCGUUUACCAUCUUCACAUUUCCUCUGGGAGUGCCAGCGUUCUGGUUUACUUACUGUCCUGGACAUAUGUAGCCGGGGCUUUUGCAAUGUGUGUGGCGAUAUCCUUUGCUCGAGAGAAGUACAUGACCCGGAAUCACCUUUGCUAUCGGCAAGUUCUGUUGGCCGCUGCUGUUUUGGUGGCUCUAACAUUAUAUGCCUUGUUGGAGUUCACGAAAUUUACGCUGAUUGAUCUUAUCACUGGUCUGCUGGCAUUCUUACCCACUGGCUGGGGAAUCAUUUCGAUAGCCCAGGUUUAUAGGUCCUCUAUCCAAAGAACUAGGCUUUGGGACAUUGUUGUAUCCUCGGCUCGAUUAUAUGAUUUCUUGUUUGGAGUGAUUGUCAUGGCACCGGUCGCAGUACUAGCAUGGCUUCCUGGGUUUCAGUCAAUGCAAACGAGGAUUCUCUACAAUGAGGUGUUUGUUAGGGGAGUCCAGAUGUCCCAAAUACUUACUGGGAAGAAGGUGAAAGGAAUGGGUAACUUGUAAUCCAAGGGGCAUUAGAAUGUGGAAUCUCUUAUGAUAUGUUUGCAGUCCCUACUUUCUGCAUUUACAUUGCUUGCUAUUUACUCUGUAACAAAAUUAUGCAGACAAAUUGCAACCAUCUUUGGGCCUCCACUACUGAUAUGGUAGUAGUUAUGUA